AUGUACAAGUCCGUUCUUGUCGGCCUCACGGCCCUCGUGGGCCUGAGCCUCGCCUCUCCCACUCCGGUCGAGGUUGCUCCCCGCUGCGGCACAACCUACUACCCGACUAUCCUCCAGCAGCUCUCCGAGAACCAGCCCAACACCGUCCAGAAGAACACUGUCGGUGCCGGCGGCGAGAUCAAGGUGCAGCAAAGCAUUAGUGGCGAUGGCAACCCUUACCUCCGCACCUACCAGAUCGUCGCGUUCCAGAACAUCCCGCAGGGCUCGUACGGCUGCCAGCUCGCCCUCUCGAUCCCGCAGGGCUACCCCGUCGUCUUUGAGCUCAACACGAGCCCGAGCGUGCAGCUCAACGUGACGACGGUGCUCAAGGACAACCCGUCGGCCAUCGCGUACCCCAACAGCUGGACGUGGAACAACGCCGCCGCGACCCUGGGCUUUGGCGGGACGGGCACCUUCGGCACCGUCAGCGUCGCCCCGGGCACGUCGGCCGUCAUCAACUCGGAGGCCUGCGCGAGCAACCUGGCCUUCCUGCUCGAGGUGUCGCCCUGGACCGGCGGGAGAUUUGCCGGCGUCCAGUUCGCGCAGCAAAACUCGCCGCUCGCGGGCUUCUACCUCACUACCAACUGCUAG